CAAACAGGAAGAACGAACCGAGCUUCAUCCUUAAUCUGAGAAAGGAGAACAAGAAGAAACUCAACGAUCCGCGAAGAACAAACGCGAACAGCGAUCCAAUUUCUCAAGAAAGAUGUCGUGGCAAACGUAUGUUGAUGAUCAUUUGAUGUGCGACAUUGAUGGCCAAGGCCAGCACCUCACUGCCGCUGCCAUUAUCGGCCACGAUGGUAGCGUCUGGGCUCAGAGCGCCGCAUUUCCUCAGUGCAAGCCUCAAGAGAUCACUGGUAUCAUGAAGGAUUUUGAUGAACCAGGGCAUCUUGCACCUACUGGAUUACAUAUUGCAGGCACAAAGUAUAUGGUAAUCCAAGGAGAGCCUGGAGCGGUCAUCCGUGGAAAGAAGGGUUCUGGAGGAAUUACCAUAAAGAAGACUGGUCAAGCUCUAGUUUUUGGCCUCUAUGAAGAACCUGUUACUCCAGGACAGUGCAACAUGGUCGUUGAGAGGCUGGGCGAUUACCUGGUCGAUCAGGGUCUGUAGGCUUUUUAAGUCCAUCUCGGUUCCAAGUACCGAAUUUGGGCCUACAAAUUAUUCUUUUUCAAUUAUUCUUUUCUUUUUCUUAUUUCCUUUUAUGUUUGUUUGGUUCCAAGUUUGCAAUUUGCUUCUAUCUCAUGCCUCAAUAUUGGCAGACAAUAAUCUCCUGAAAGAUAUUAACAGUAUUUUCAUGAAAUAACUGUUUUCUUUUCUCUCUCA